AUGGAGAUCGCGUCUCAUGGAAAUCCGCACUUCGCCCGGAACUUGACCGCAUCGCUCCUCAGCCCAGGAGGCGCUGCGCACGACGACUUGCCCUCGCCGUCGCGAUCCCUCGCUCCGGCCCUGCCCGACCACCGCGACCCCGCCAUGAGCGCGCCGCAUGCCACAGGCCAGAGUCCGCUCGUUGCAUCGCAGGCCCACACGAGCUCCAACUACAGUAUUCAGUCGCAGCAGUCAAGUCGUAGCAGCGGUGCCACCCAGGGCACCGCCACGAGCACCCUCUUCCCUCCUCCAGUGCCCAGCAUGGCCUCUAGUCCGGGCGAUGUCGUGCGCACCGACAACAUCAUGAACUCGGUCGCCGAUGCCAGCAGCUCGUUGUUUCAGAUCUGUGUUGCGCUGCGUCAGCGUCUGCUGGGUGUUGAAGGCUUUCGGGAGUCAUUGGAAGCUGAAGAGGACGAUGCCGACGAGGAUACCGAUCCCGUCACCCUCCUCUGGCGCACUUUUCGUCGUGGCUACCCUCUCAUGCUGCUGUACAAUGCUCUACAUCCCACUCAGCCCUUGAUCCUUCCGCAAGGAGUCAAAGAAGAGAAGAAAGGCAAGGCGGCCACAUUCAAGUUCAUCCAAGCAUGCAUARUGGAUUUAAAGAUGCCAAACGACGAUCUCUUCAUCAUCACCGACUUGUACGGCGACGACACAACGGGUUUCGUCAAGGUUGCAAAGGUAGUCAACAGAGUGCUGGAUAUUCUAGUGCAGCGCGGUAUCGUCGAGGAUGUGCGUCCAACAGCCGCCGACUUUGAACAAGCGGCACAAGGCAUGAAGCGCACACAGCGCCAACACAUCAUAUCAGAGCUGGUCCAGUCAGAGCGGACGUACGUGCAGCAUCUCGAACUCCUGCAGGCCUUUAAGCAUCUGGUAGAGGAGAAAGGCGUCAUCCCGGGCGAUGCAGUCCAUGACAUCUUCCUCAACUUGAAUGCUCUGCUAGACUUCCAACGCCGCUUCUUGAUCCGUGUCGAGCAGACCAAUGCUUUACCAGAGGAGGAGCAGAACUGGGGAAAGUUGUUUCUCCUUUAUUGUGAGGCUUUCAAGGUCUACGAGCCAUAUAUCGCCAACCAACGGAAAUGUGAAAAGACCGUCAUAGCGGAGUUCCCCAAGCUGCGAGAGGCGGGAGGGAGCAGCGAGAUGCGUCAAAUGGUCGAAUCGCCAACAGCACUCCACUCAUUCCUAAUGAAACCUUUUCAGAGACUUACCAAGUAUCCUCUGCUGCUCGAUCAGCUCUACAAAAAGGGCGACUUGGAUGAUGGAAGAAAGCAGGACCUUCUUAAUGGUAUGGAGGCAUCUACGUCAGUGCUCACCCGGACCAACGAGGCAGUCGAUCGCGAGGAGAAGGUUGAAGCCGUGCAAGAACUGAAAGUGAGAGUGGAGGACUGGAAAGGCCAUCGCAUCGAGGUCUUUGGUGAACUCUUGCUAUAUGGUACAUUCACUGUUUUGAAGAGUGAAAGCCUCACCAACGGCAAAGACGGAGAACGCCAGUAUCACGUCUACCUGUUCGAAACCAUAUUGCUAUGCUGCAAGAACAUCGAUUUAAACAAGACCAAGAACAAGUAUACCUCUAAAAAUCUGGUCGACGCAAAGGGCAAACCGAAAUUGCAGCUCAAGGGCCGCAUUUUCAUGCAAAAUGUCACUGACCUCGUUUCUCUGGCAAAACCAGGUAUGGACACGAUCUCUGGGGAGACUCAUUUGGCGAUUCGAAGCAGCGAGCGGAUCUUUUGGAAGGGCGACCCAAGCAUCGAAAACUUCAUCAUCCGUUUCACCACCGAGGACGCAUUGAAGAAAUGGGCCAAUCAGAUUGAGACCCAGCGAAGGAGAUAUCGCGAGGAACCACGGUUGUCUACCACUCGAAGUAGCGAUGACAGCCGGGCUGGAACCAGCGUAACACAGUUCGCUUACAUGCAGGACCAAGGCCCGCUCGAAAACCCCUACAAGAUCGACGUCGACGAGGAAGAGGACGACGAGGAUGACGACGUUGACACUGUGCUAUCAGGUAGUCAAUCGGGCUGGUCUGGUCCUGGUUUUCCAAGCGGAGGAAGCUUCUCGCAGAGUCGAAACGGUAGCUCCAGUUCCCUGCGAUCUAGGAGCACCACAGGCGAGAGUGCCGUUCAAGGAUCUUCGGCCUCGACACGGGCGCCACUACCAAGAUUACCUCAUAGCAGCAUGCAGCAGCAGCCCCUCUCACUCCGAACAAGGGAAUUGCAACAGGCAGCUCCAUCGCCCGGUGGUGGCGGACAGCAAGACAGCUACUUCUCUCCAACGGUCAGCGACUCUCCCAUGUCCAGCAUGUCGUCGCGGACAAGCGCCAGCUCUGGCAUGUACCCAUUUCCACGACAGCCGAUUCCUCAAAAUGGUUAUUACGAGGAUGGUCAAGGCGCAACUCGUUUUACCGCGCCAGCCAUGCCUCGCCCGGCGCCGAACGCAGCCCCUAACGGCUAUGGUCCGUCUGGACGGACGCCCUCUACUGCAAGGCCAGCUUAUCCAUCUGGAAGCGUGAUGCACAGCGCACAAGCAAUACCUGGGCCGAGGAACCGAUCCGCCAGCAGCCCAGACAUUCACAAUGGGCAACGAGUGUCAUUGCGAAAUGGAAAUCAACCCCCGGUACCGGAGAUGCCCGCGUCUUACCAGAACAGGGGACAUACCAACUCACCUGGGCUGAGGGAGCGACAGCACUCGAAUCAGGAUUCUCCCAUAGAGCCGGGCUACGCAGGUCCGCCCCGGGGUGGUGCAUAUCCACCCUCCCGAACCGUCACACCCGUCGCCUCGAGAGGGCAGUCUUUCCAGUCACCACCAACAGAGACGACUGCGCCACCAGCGCAAUUAAAGGUCAAGGUGCAUUGUCCUUCAGCGUCCCAGACUCUCACCUUGGUCGUUUCCAGCACCAUAUCCUACCAGACUUUGAAAGACAGGAUCGAUGCCAAGCUGCAGCGCUCUACGAAUCUUACACUCGGUGAUCGAGCAUCAAAAGAAAAUCAAGUCCUGGUCAAGCUCAAGUACCUUGAUGAAGAAGACUUUGUCAGCAUCCAGUCUGACGAAGAUGUCGUAACUGCCUUUGAAACCUGGAGAGAACAGAAAGGCGAAGGCUUGGGCGGCAUGGGUGAAAUCGAAUUGUUCUGCCAGCGAUGA